UCUAGAGACUUGGAGAAUGCUACGUAAGGAUAUUUGGAUGUCGAAUCUCUCUUUCGAGAAUUUGACUAUACAACAUACAACGACGCAAGUAUGGUCAAAAUCCCUGUUAUAAACAAUACUACAAUUCAUUAGGGCCUAUUUGGAACGCCUGAUCUGGUGAUAUUGCAUUGCCUUAGCUGGAAGCCAUUGGAAGCUUUCAGCCAUGUUUUGUAAACUCCUAUUAUGGUUUCUCUUCAUGGGAAUUGCAGCUUCCGAAGGCGAUGGUAAUUUCAUUUACAGAGGAUUCCGUGGUGCUAACAUGAGCCUGGGUGGUGAGGCGGAGAUCACGUCCAAUGGCCUCCUUCGGCUCAACAAUGCCAUACGUCAAAAGGGCCAUGCCAUGUACCCCGUUCCCCUUCACUUCAAACCUUCACACGGUAAAACUCAUUCUUUCUCUACCAAUUUCGUCUUUGCAAUCUUACCCCAGGAUCCGGAUUUAAGUGGCUCCGGAGUUGUCUUCGUGAUCUCACCUUCGAAAGAGUUCCCAGGAGGUGAAAAUGGUAAAUACAUGGGCAUCUUCAAUGAGACGAACAACGGAAAAUCGUCGAAUCACAUGGCUGCCAUUGAGUUCGACACAUUCUUUAAUCCAGAAUUCCGUGAUAUCGAUGAGAACCAUAUCGGAAUCGACAUCAAUGGCUUAGAUUCCAUCAGUUCCGCUCCUGCUGCUUACUUCAGUAAUGUGAGCCGGAGGUUUGAGAAUCUAAGCCUUAUAAGCGGAGACCUGAUGCAUGUUUGGGUAGAAUACAAUGGUUUCCAAAACCAACUCAAUGUAACAUUAUCUCCUAUUGGUUUACCUAAACCUGAUCUUCCACUCUUGUCAUCGACGGUGAAUCUUUCAUCAAUUAUUUUAGACAACAUGUAUAUCGGGUUCUCUUCAACAACCAGGCGGUUCCAAUCAUCUCAUUACAUCUUGGGAUGGAGCUUUAAGAUGAACGGUCAAGCUCAGGCCCUUGAUCUCUGGCAACUUCCUAAUCUUCCGCAACCCAAAAAGAAAUCGAAGGUCUUAACAAUUGGGUUACCAGUAAUUGUUUCAGUUUUAAUGUUAAUGGCCAUCUUAGCUGUCGGACUUAUCGUGAUAAGGAAGAUCAAGUUCGCCGAAAUACAAGAGGACUGGGAACGUGACUUCGGGCCCCACCGGUUCUCGUACAAGGAUCUAUAUACUGCUACUAAGGGCUUCACAGACAGAGAUCUCCUAGGGGUCGGAGGUUUUGGGAGGGUUUACCGAGGAGUUCUAUCGGCAUCAAAGAUUGAAGUGGCUGUGAAGAGAGUCUCUCAUGAAUCUCGACAAGGGAUGCGAGAAUUCAUAUCAGAGAUUGUGAGCUUGGGUCGCCUCCGUCACCGAAAUUUGGUGCAACUUCUCGGCUAUUGCCGGCGAAAGAGAGAGCUCCUAUUGGUCUAUGAUUUCAUGCCUAAUGGAAGUUUAGACAAGUUCCUCUUUGAUCAUCCAAAUUCGAUGCUGAGAUGGAGUCAACGGUUUCGGAUAAUCAAAGGAGUAGCCUCAGCACUUCUAUACUUGCACGAGGAAUGGGAGCAGGUGGUUCUUCACAGAGACAUCAAAGCCAGCAAUGUUUUAUUAGAUAACGAGAUGAACGGUAGAUUAGGCGACUUCGGCCUUGCCAGAUUGUACGAUCAUGGGACUGAUCCACAGACGACCCACAUGGUGGGGACCUUCGGAUAUCUUGCACCGGACCUGACUAGGACCGGGAAGGCCACCACAAGCACUGACGUGUUCGCAUUCGGAGCUUUCAUGCUCGAGGUUGCUUGUGGGAGGAGGUCCAUCGAUCCUCAAUUGUCAGUGGAUGAGAUUAUCUUGGUCGAAUGGAUUUCAAAAUGCUGGAGGAAAGGGACAAUUCUGGCAGCAGCGGAUUUGAAACUGGGAGUUGACUACGAGGUGGAGGAGAUGGAGUUGGUGCUGAAGCUUGGAUUGCUGUGUUCGCAUCCGUUGACGGCCGCAAGGCCGAGCAUGCGGCAAGUAGUUAAGUUUUUGGACCGCGAUGCACCUUUACCCGAUCUCUCACCCGAUGAUCUGGGUGCGGCGAUCCUGGCAGUGGGCCCUUCUGAAGGGCCCAAUGAUCUACGCUUGUCAUAUCCGUCUUCCUCGGAACAGUGGUUUGCAUGCACAUCAUCGCUGCCAGAAUCGGCGCUUUCCAGUGGCCUUUGAUGGACGAUGGUAAGGUGUUAAACACUAAAGUUGAGGUUGCUGUG